CGAGCACGAACAAAAACUAGGGUUGCGUAACCGAAAAUCAUGGCAUGCAGAGGCAAAACAAUAAUCUGUCUUCUCCGAAAUGAUUUACGAAUUCAUGACAAUGAGGUGCUCCAAUGGGCCAGCAGAAAUGCUGAUUUUGUCCUACCAAUGUACAUAUUCGACCCUCGUCAUUUUGGAGGUACCUACCACUUUGGGUUUCCGAAGACAGGACCUCAUAGGACUAAAAUGCUGAUUGAGAGUGUGCAGGACCUCAGAAAGAAUCUCAAGCUAAAGGGCAGUGGUCUUGCUGUAAGAAGAGGGAAACCAGAGGAGGAGCUGAAGAAAAUGAUUGACACUUUGGGUCAAAGUUCAGUUCAGGCCAUUGUGUUCCAUCAAGAGGUUACACAAGAGGAAGUGGAUGUCGAGAAGUCUAUCAAGAAAUGUUGUGGUGUGAACAUUCAAACUUUCUGGGGUCACACCCUGUAUCACAAAGAUGAUCUCCCUUUCUCCCCUGCCCAAACACCAGAUGUGUACACACAGUUCAGGAAGCGGGUGGAAGCCCAGGCACCAGUCAGGAAAUGUCUCAACAUGCCAGAGUCUUUCAAGCCUUUGCCACAAGGUGUAGAGGAGGGGGAUAUCCCCACAAAUAAAGACCUGGGGGUAGAAGAUUCAUCACCGGACCACCGGUCAGUGGUGGACUUUCAUGGAGGAGAAUCUGUGGCCCUGGACAGACUCCACCACUAUCUGUGGGACACUGAUGCUAUCGCCACCUACAAAGAAACCAGGAAUGGUAUGCUAGGGGCAGACUACUCUACAAAAUUUUCAGUUUGGCUUGCUUUUGGAUCACUGUCUCCACGUCAGAUUUACUGGGAGGUGAAGCGGUAUGAGAAUGAGAGGACAGCCAACCAGUCGACAUACUGGGUACUCUUUGAACUCAUCUGGAGGGACUAUUUCAGAUAUGUAGCCAUGAAGUAUGGAAAUCAGAUCUUUUUUGAAGGAGGUAUCCAAAAUAAGAAUAUCAGGUGGAAACAGGACAAGCACCUGUUCAAUGCUUGGAAAGAGGGAAGAACUGGUGUGCCAUUUGUUGAUGCCAACAUGAGGGAGAUGGCAGCCACUGGUUUUAUGUCUAACAGAGGAAGGCAGAAUGUUGCCAGUUUUCUGACAAAGGAUCUGAGAUUAGACUGGCGUUUGGGUGCAGAGUGGUUCGAGUCAAUGUUGAUUGACCAUGACGUGUGCAGUAACUAUGGUAAUUGGUUAUACAGCGCUGGAAUCGGAAAUGACCCGAGAGAAGACAGAAAGUUCAAUGUCGUUAAACAGGGUUUUGAUUAUGAUAGUGAGGGUGAUUAUGUAAGGACAUGGGUACCUGAAUUAAAGAACAUCCAUGGAGGAUCAGUACACAUUGUGUGGACACUAAGUAGGGGGACCCUGGAGAAGGCGGGGGUGACCCUAGGGGAGACCUACCCUAACCCUGUCCAUGUAGCCCCAGAAUGGAGUCGCCAUUAUAACAAGGCUUCUGGAAGUGCAAAGUCUAGAGGAUCUCCACCAAAGCAACAGAAAGGCAUAGACUUUUAUUUCAAAGGACAGCACAAGAGCCCAAUGGCAGAGGAGUCUCUUUCAGAGAGACAGGAAUUUGAACUUCAGGCAUUGCAGGCGAUAUUCACUGGUGAUGUGGUGGAUCUAAGAGAAAAGGAUGCUUGGAAGGUUAGGGGUGACACAAUCGUAGGGCGCCAACUGUCACAUGUUGCCAGGCCUCCUGAGAUUCAAAUUACCAUCAAGCCACAAGAGAGCAUAGGACAGCAAGAGGAAAACCAUGUACAGGUCGAUCUGCUUGUUAAAUGUCCUCCAAGAUAUCCAGAAGAGGUUCCUGAAUUAAGUUUCACCAAUGCCAAAGGUCUUUCAACAUCCCAGCUAUCCAACCUUAAGUCAGAAAUAGAUGCCAUAGCUAAAGAAAACAAAGGAGAAGAAAUGCUCCUACAAAUAGCCCAGCACGUGCAGCAGUUUUUACAUGCACACAACAAACCCCAGGCUAAAUCCUUCUAUGAUGAGAUGAUGAUAAACAAGAGGAAACAGGAGGAACAGAGGGAAGAGGAACAAAGGAAAGAACUAGAGAAGCUGAGGAGGAAAGAGGAAAAGGAGCUACAAACACUUGAGAUAGAAAUCCAGCGGAGGAAAGAAGCUCUAAAGGAGGAGAACAAGAAGAGAAAAGAGGAGAUAAAACAAGUUGAGGAGAGGCCCCUUUCUGUGCCUCCCUCCCCCACAUCAGAUUCUGUGCCAAAUAUUUCCCCUGUUGGAACCCCAGGAAAGAUCUCCCGCCCUCGGACCUCUGUCUCCCCCUCCCCCCUCAUUGUCCACGCCAACAAUGAACUGAGGGACAGCAAACCAAGGAGACAAAGGAGGACCAGUACACCCUGCAGACAGUCCCCAGACGAUCAUGUCUGUCAGGAUCACACGGGGGGCAUAGUUGUCCUGGCAUUUAACACCAAGGGGGAGAGAACUGUACAUAGAGGAACCUGUCUCGGGCAUGGAUCCUCUGGAAACACAGUGUAUGUUGGAAUAGACACAACAUCCGGUGAACUUGUAACGAUAUCAGAGUGGGUUUUAAAAUGGAGACAUUAUGGCCGAAAGAAAAUUCUGAGAAAGGAGGAUGAAGAUGAAGACAAAGAGGGGGCAGCUUGUCUCAAACAGGUGCACAGUAUUGAACAAGAGUUACUAUCCCUGAUCCGCUUACACCAUCCUAACCUUGUUCAUUACCUCGCCAUCAAAUAUCAACAAGAUCCAGGGAAAAUCACAGUCUUUUUAUUGAUGGAGUACUGCAGUGGGAGCAGUUUAUCCGUCAACAUCCGGAGAAAACGUCCGAUCCACGUCGCUCAUCUGAGACAUCAUACAGAGGAAAUUCUGGAGGCAUUAGCAUGUCUACACAACAAAGACGUGGUCCACAAAAGUCUCAGGGCUUCCAGUAUCUUUUUGGAUGCCACAGGCAAAAUCCGAGUUGCAGAUUACAGUAUUGAAAGAAGGUUAUCGGAUUUGUUUUACACACUGGAGCAGUCCAGACCGGGCGUCCACUUUGAUGACCACAGAACUGUUCAGGGACGGGCCACCAAGAAGGGGGAUGUCUACAGUCUGGGUAUAGUUUUGCUGUCACUUGCUCUUGGAGAAGAUGUAGAGGGAUCAGACCUAGAAAUACCUUCUCAUUUCCCAGCAUCUUUCCAGGACUUCUUAAACAAAUGUCUAAUUAAGGAUGAUAAGACUCGCUGGUCUGUUCACCAGUUACUGGACCACAGCUUUAUCAAAACAGCUCUUCCCAUCAGCCUGCCAAUAUCAAAACCAGAAACAAAGGAGGAGGUCCACUCACAAGAUGAUGAUUCCUCUGAUGAGGAGCAGCCGUUAAUCACGCCGUACGAGGCCAGUGGUCAGUCGCGUCUGACCAAUGAGUUCGAGAUUCUCAAGUCACUUGGCAAGGGAGGAUUUGGUGAUGUCAUCAAGGUCAGAAACAAAUUGGACAGGAGGUUCUAUGCCAUCAAAAGAAUUCCAUUAAAUCCAAAGAGUAAACAGUUCAAUAAGAAAAUUACAAGAGAAGUCAAACUGUUGUCAAGGCUCAACCAUGAGAAUGUUGUCAGAUACUUUAAUUCCUGGAUCGAGGUCAGUGAUGACCCCGCCCACAGCGAGAGUUCCAGUUCCAUCAGUACCACCCCUAGAUCCACCCCUAAAACUCCUGACAAACUGCACAACAGCCUGGAUCUGACAGAUAACGCAGAGAGACUGGCUCCAGAGACCAUGGAGGAAUCAGUGGAGUGGAGCAGGUCAUACUCAGCGAUUUUAAACCCUGGCUGGGACUCGGAGGAGGAUGAGGAAAAUGAGGCUGAUGUAUUCGGGACCUCAUUCCUGAGGCUAACAGACAUGUCAGAGGAUGUGGUGUUCAUACAGAGUCUGGAUAAUGAGGACUUACUAGUGGAUCAGGUUGAUGGAGAGAACAAAAAUGACAAGGAGGGAGAUGAAUCAGCUCUGAACCCAAAACUUCACUAUCUCUAUAUUCAGAUGGAAUACUGUGAGAAGAGCACCCUGAGGAACUGUAUAGAUGCUGGUCUGUAUCAGGACAUGAAUCGCGUGUGGAGGCUCUUCAGGGAGAUCAUCGAGGGACUGACCCACAUCCACGAACAAGGAAUGAUACACAGAGAUUUGAAGCCUGUUAACAUUUUCUUAGACUCUAAUGACCAAGUGAAAAUCGGAGACUUUGGUCUUGCAACUACCAGUAUUAUAAACAAGAGUAACAUUCUAGACGUAAAGAUGUUGACCCUGAGUGCUGCUGAGGAUACAUUGGAAUCUUACUCAGAGACCACGGGGGACGGGAGCCUGACAGGGAAAGUGGGCACCGCCCUCUACGUCAGUCCCGAGAUGAUGACCGGGGCCAGUAAAAUCGUCUACAGUCAGAAAGUAGAUUUGUACAGUUUGGGGAUCAUCUUCUUUGAAAUGUGCUACAAGCCACUGGCCACAGGAAUGGAGAGAGUGAAAAUACUGGGGAACCUAAGGCUGCCAGAAAUCAAGUUUCCCGAAGACUUUAAUCAGUAUGAACUGCAGAAUCAAACUCGCAUAAUUAAGUGGCUGUUGAACCAUGACCCUACAAAGAGAGCCUCCACGAAGGAGCUGUUACAGUCAGAAUACCUACCCCCUCCACAAAUGGAGGAGGAGGAACUGGAUGAAAUUCUUAGAUCCACCAUUGCUGAUCCCCUCAGUAAGGCCUACAGACACAUGCUGACAGCCCUGUUCUCCCAGACUGUCAAUGCUGCCGACGAUCUGCUGUUUGACAGUGAAUUUUUCAAGAAUAAAUUCACAAUAAACCUCUCACUGGUUCAGGAGUCCGUCCAGGAUACACUGGUCAGGAUCUUCCAGCAUCACGGAGCAGUGAAGGUGACCACACCCCUCCUGAUGCCUAAGUGUGACUUGUAUGCCAAAUCAGAUCAGUACACACGAUUCAUGGACCACUGUGGUCACCUUGUAUCACUGCCAUUUGAUCUCAGGAUUCCGUUUGUCAGAUAUGUUGCUCGUCACAGUUGCAGUAAUGUCAAGAGAUAUUGUAUAGAGAGAGUUUUCAGGGAGAAAAAAGUCUACGGUCAGCAUCCAAGGGAGCUAACUGAAUGUGUCUUUGAUAUAGUUACCCCAAACCUGGGCAGCCUCAUCCCUGAUGCUGAGGUGGUGCUUCUUGUACAAGAAAUUAUUUUUGAAUUUCCAGUUUUACAGCAAAGAAACUACUACAUAAAAGUCAACCAUGUGAUGAUACUGCAUGCCAUUUUACAACAUUGUGGUGUACCAGGGGACCAGUUUACAGACGUCCUUCACAUUCUCUCAGGGGUCAAGAUGCUCAGUCAUCAUAAAAACAUAUCCAAACCUCUGACCUCCCUGGGUCUCAGUGACCAGACUGUGACCUCACUGCUGGGAAUCUUAGAAAUGGAGGGAACUUACGGCAAAGUGGCCAGCUACUUAAGAUGUAUAACCAAAACCAGAGGGGAGGCUGCAACAAAAGCCAAGCAAGGUCUACAUGAGUUGGAGAUAAUUCUGAGUAAUCUGGACACGCUAGGUCUUAAGCUCCCAGUAAUCGUGUCUCUGGGAUUUGUUUACAAUACACAUCAGUUCUCAGGAAUGAUAUUCCAAAUCAUGGUGGACAAUAAAAAGAAAAAGCACCACUCACCAGACAUCUUAGCUGCUGGCGGUCGCUAUGACAACUUGAUCAAACAAUUUUAUUCUCCACUAUCCCAACCUGUAUCAGAGACCUCUCUUCACGGAGUUGGUGUCAGCAUAGCGUUUGAAAAGAUUGUCACAGCAGUACUGGAAUCUAGAGAGAUGAAUCCUCCUAGCGCCUAUGACAUUUUGGUGUGUACUACUUUUGGACACAAGCCCAUGCUGAAGGAGAGAAUGACCAUUGUAAGAGAUCUGUGGGCAGCAGGACUCAGGGCCGAAAUCUACCUAGAUAGCAUGCAGGCACAAGAAGACAUACAGGACUUCUGUCGCAGUAAUGGAGUAGCCUUUAUGGUCACCUUGCAGGAGGGGGAUACUACAAUCAAGGUGAGAUCAAUAGAAAAGGACAAAAUUACGGAGAAGAAACUGACAGCAAAUAGUCAAGUGGUGGAUUUCCUACAACAGAAGUUGCAGGCAUCAUCUAAACAAGAGCAGUCAGAACCAAACCAGGGCACCCCUUGUAAGAAUAUAGCAGUCCUGAAUUAUCCUGAGGCCAACACGUCUAACUACAGCAGCAACAUGCUCAUCAACUUCAACUUUGUCAUCGAGAACGGAAAACUGGCCACAAAAUCCAGAUAUAAAUAUGAAUCUCAGAUAUUUGCCAAAGUGAGUUCUUCCUUUCCCUGGUUGCCAAAAAAAUCCAUAGAAGUAAUUGCUAUGGAACUGACAGCACCAGUGCUGAAGUGCAUUGUGGCAUUCUUAGAGGUGAAUGGCACGGAACAAGAGUUUGAGGACAGCAUAGGACUGGUGAUAGAUAAGCAACAGAGAUAUCGGAAAUACAUCCAUAAGAUAUGUGACCAGAUUUUCCAGCUGAAAUUUGAAAGAAAGUGCAAUUAUAUUGUUUUAUAUGGACUCAAGGAUGACAGUCUUAAACUACUUACCUGAAUUCUUCAUUUGAGAUUACCUUCAGAGGAAAAAAAUAUAACUAAUCACUAAUUAUUGUGGGGGUCAAUUUUUGUUGUUUUCAUGGUAUGAAAAGAUGCACAAAUUCAUAUCCCUUAUGAAUUUUUUUUUUAUUUAUACUGUAUAUUGUUUCUCUUUUAACCAUGAUUUCAAAUUCUCUUGAACAAAAAGAACAAAAAAUUUUCAAAUUUGCCUCCCUAGAAAAGAAGUGAUUUUACUGAAUUGUCAUUUACAGUACUGUAAAAUUAUAAAUACUGUAGAUCUAAAUUUCACAACACCUUAUUUUCACGAGAUAGUCAUUAACUCUUGAUGAGCGAGACAAAAUUUUCACGAAUUGUGGUAAUUGCUGUAUAUAAUCCUAAAGAAUACUAUUAUACAGGAGAAUUAAAUUUUUGUGAGCACACUGCCUCGCCUAAUUAUGCAAAAUUAAAGUUCUUGCAAAAAAAAGUGAUUUACAGUAUAUGUGGUGUUAAUUUUUUUUUUAUUACUUGAUAAAGGAAAAGUUGUUUGUAUGGAUUUGAUUUUGUGGUUCAAGAAGUGAAGAUUUAAAUUAAUCUUUAUUUUCCUUUUUGUGGAGGAUCUGUCUUUGUGGGUUUUGUCAUACCUCAAAAAAUCAGAAAUAAACCCUUACGAUAUAUUCAAUAUGUGUGAGCCGGUGACUUUUAUGAUAAAGUGUGGGCAAUGUAUUGAAAUUGGGAUACAUUGUAUAUUGAUCUUAUAAGUGGGAUGUUUUAAAAGUAAGGUGGUAAACUAAGUAAUGGGCAUUAUAGUGCAAAAGUUUUCUGUAUGCAGUAACAAUUAGAAUGCUUGGGAGAAAUGUCAUUAGAGCUAAAUAAUGUGUUUUCCUGGCUUUUUGGUUUUGUUUGUUUUUUUUUAAGGUAUUUAUAUGUGAUGAAUGUACAUAUGAAGCUAUAUUUAUAUACAUUUUCAAAAAAGCCAUUCAACUUAUGUUCGAUAAAGACCUUUUCAUUUCACAAAAGACAGUAUAUAUAUUAUUUAUGUCAUGCAUUGCUUCAUAUUUUUUGUUUUUAAAAAUGAAUUGUGCUGACGCAUAUUUAAUUAUUAGUAUUACAUAUGAGUGAAAGUAAACAUAGGAAUGUUUUGUCUGAUUCCAUAGAGGUAAACAUGUUAUAAAAUUAAUGUGUGCGGUGUCAGUUCAAAAUAUGUAAAUGUUAUGUUGUUCAUACAUAUUCAUGAUUAGCGAAGCACUGCAUGAAUGUUGUGAAUGGAUUAUCUUUCUUGCAAUAAGAUUUUCAUUACACUAAAGGCUAGCUAUUUUGUAUGGUUCAUUUGCAUUGUUGCCAAAUAGUUUUAAGUGUGAUGCAUCUAGAGUAAAUGGUAUGCAAAUAAUGAACCAAGUUUGAAAUUUAAUUAACAAAUGUCUUCAUUAUUCAUAAAAAUAUGUGAAAAUGAUACUUAAAAUGUUCAAAGUUUAUGGAUUAUAAUUUGUUGAAUAUUUUGAUGCAAAAUAUUAUGGAAUAAUUCUGAAUAAAAACUAUUUUAAAAAUCUA